GAGAAGCGCACACGCAAAAUGCGUCCACGAGUUGUGGAUUGACGCUCUCACUUAAACUGAACUCCACAGAUAACUGCAAACUUCCUACCUUUCUGUGAUAAAGUUACAUGUCCUCGUAAACAAAAGAUAAUUUCUUUUUAAAACAUCACGAUUUACUUUCAGUUUCUUAGAGUUUGAUUUUUACCUGGCAACCAUGGCUAUUGACGCGCCUAUAAUAUUAUCAGCACUUUUCUUUACGAUUAUCGCUAUAAUCGUUGGAGCGACACUGUUCGCUAAGAAACCUGCUGCAAAGAAGCCACAGAAGAAGCCUGAAAAAAGUAAGCCCGCGGAGCGUGUGCCAGAGUACUACCAACCCAAAGUGGAGCGCCCAGUGCCUGCACCAGUGGUCGAACGCAAAGAGCCUGAGGUGAAAGCUGAAGUUGUCGUGAAAGAAGAGAAAAAAGAGGAGCCUGUCGUCGUGCCCCCAGUUGUUGAGGAGACUCGAGUCGUGGAAGAACACCCCGUUAUUGAGGCAGAAGUCGCUCCAGCUAAGCAAGAGCCUGAAGUACAGCCAGCCCCUGAACCCGCCCCUGAACCUGUUCCUGAGCUCGCCCCUGAACCUGUUCACGUCGAGGAGCCCAUCCCAGAACCCAUCCCAGCCUCUGUCCCAGAAGAAGUUCCCAUCCCCGAGCCUGUGCCUGAACCAGUGGAGGUACCAGCUCCCGAACCAGAGCCAAUCCCAGUGAUUGAACCAGCUUCAGAGCCUGUCCCUGAACCUGUCCCUGAACCUGUCUCAGAACCUGUCUCAGAACCUGUCUCAGAACCUGUCUCAGAACCUGUGCCAGAACCCGUGCUAGAAGCUGUUCCAGAAGCUGUUCCGGAGACUGUAGAGCAUAAUGAUGUGGCAGCAGCCCCUGAGGAAGGGGAGACCCCAAAGGUCAAGGCCGGCAAGAAGAGGACCACCAAGUUUGAGAAGAGGAUGACUGAGGAAGAAAUGGAGGAGGAGCAGAGAGUAGCUGAAUAAGCCAAAUCAGAUGGACUUUAACCAAGAGGCCCUGUCUUCGCUUUUUGUGUGCGUUUGUGAAAAGAUGAAAAAAAAAAAAAGAAAACUCUUGAAGACCUCCGUCAAGAGAAGUGACCUCGUCUGUCUGUUGUUUGGCAACUGUUAUGGAAAAUAAAUAUUGUUUUUCUUUUGACUUUUUUUUUUUCUUUCUAUCUUUGUAAAGGCCACAUUGCAGUUUCCGCCUGUGAAUAGCAAGCUUUAAAACCAAACACCAAAGCACCUAAAAUAAUAUCCUCCUUGAUUUUUUCUUUGUCUUUAACCAUCACCUCUUUCCUGUCCUGGGCAAAGCUUUUCAGUUGAUGUUACUUAGCACACAAGUUCUCCAAAGCACAUUUAUGGUGUCUUUUUACUGCCAAAACAUUUGUAGUAACACAAAAUUUAACCUGAAUUUGAGUUCAUAAUGCACACACCAGAAUGUUUUUCGAACCCCCUGCUCAGAGGAAAACGGUGGCCAUUUUGUGAGAUGAAGAGAGGUUUGUAGUCACUGUGGGUGGAGGAUCAGCCAGAAUUUGGCUUUUCUUUUUUUUUUCAUUUUGUUUUAUUCUUUUGGGUUUUUUUAGAUUGAAGAUGAAACUGUGAUGAACCAUUUGAUGAUAAAGCACCUUCCACCCUGUUUGUCUUGCAGUGUGCUUAUUGUGUGUUUGUUUCAGAGUUAGCUGAGUAAAUAUCAAAAUGUGUCUCUCUGAUCUCUAAGGACGAGAUUUUCAGGCAAGGAUUAAACUGUUCACUUGUCUGAAAA